AUCACCGUAUACUAAUUGAUCACAUUUAUUAUUCAGCAUCUUUUAUCGCGUGAACUAAUUGACCACAGCCGGGCUAUAAUAACCACUAUAUGCUGGCAAUGUUACAGAUAAAGCUAUACAAAAUCUGACCAUUACUACGUCGCUAAGACGAUGCAUUUCAUUGGAAUUAAUUAAAAACGAAACGUGUAAUAAAAACCUACAGGUAAAAGUGACAUCAAACUUGUCGACAUAAAUAACAUAUUAAAAUCUGUAGUCUACUUGUAAUUAUGGAGUAUGCACUAAGACUUCUACUGUAAGGUGAGCAUUACCUGUGAUUCCGUGAUUUUGUCGGAUUAAGGUGAUUUUACAUUAAUUACGGGUAUUAUUAAUUUGAUGCAGAAUAAAUCGGAGAUUUGUCACAGUCUAGCGUCAGACAUGGUUACCAUGACAACUCUAAUGCUGUUUUGCUGCCUUGGUACAUUAACACACGGUUUAAAGGGAAGCAACUCUACAAAGUCAGAGGACCCUCCACCUGAGGCAGACGACAAGAUAAUUCUGAUCGUUAUCGGGGUCAGUGGUGCCGUCAUCAUCGUCAUUGUUGUCGUCGUCAUCGUCGUCAAAAAACGAAGGAAAGCCAACAGUCAGGCCCGAAGACGUCCGAAAGUCCGCUACAACAAAGCCUCGGCGGGAACGUCCUAGUGACAGAAUGCGUAAAGAGGUGUUCCGAAUGGACAUGUUACUAAAUGUGUAAAAGAUAACAAUGUGUACGGAUAUGUUCCUAGUGGUCUUGACCAAAACGUCCAAAACUUUAAGAUGUGUACAGAAGUGUUCCGAAAAUAGACUCUUAUGGAUGAAUUAUUAUUUGUUGAAUGGUAUUUGGAGCUUUGUGUUAAUGUGUUAAUAUGUGGACGGUUGUUCUAAGUGACGCUUUAAUUAAUGUCAAACACGUUGUUUUAUAGGAAUGAAUGUUACCGAGUUGAUAAUUGAUAUUCAUAUCAACAUUUUUUUUUUCAUUUUAUUGAUAAGAUCAAUCAUCAUUAGAGAUGAAAUAUAUUCACCUCGCCCUCCGUACUCGGUAAAUAUAAUUGUGUUCUAAUGUGUUAUAGUGUUGACCAAGAAAAUCAUUUGGUGCUUUAAAAUUUCAACUCCACAAGCAAAUAUUUCAGUUCACGCUCUCCUCAAAUAGCCCCACAGAACCCGGAAUUAUUACAAUCAGCAGGAUCUCAAAUUAUAUAUGAAGACAUUAAAUGAUAGGAUAAAAUCAGCAGCUUACCUUUAUUUAAAUUCCAUGAUGUUGUCGGUGAUUGUUUUAUGAGCACAUGUAAAAUUGUAAGAUACAUGUCAAAUAUAUCAAGUAAGAAAAUGUCUUAACUCUGUCACUUACACAUUUUCUAUCUGUUUGUUUUCCAUUCUAUUUUAUGACUUUGUGAUAUUUUACCUAUAUUCUAUACACUGUUAUCUUAUAAGCUCUAAUGUUUUAAUUGUUUUUAUAUUGAAUAAAUUAUCCACCCAA